UACCUGCCCAACCUGCGCCGCGACAGCCGGUCCCACCCCUUGAGUCAACCGGCGGUGCCGCCAGCCCGGCUGGCCUCGCUGCUGCUCCCCCGGGGCCCCCCCUGGCUCCCCCGGGACCCCUCCCGGCUCCCCCGGGACCCCCCUUGGCUCCCCCACCGAGAGGAACCUUUGUCCCUUCCACCUCCUCCCUGGGCUUCCGUCCCGCCCCGAGCUCCAGGUUUGGAGGAACCCGGGAGGUGGUGGCCCCGGCGACAUGGGCAGCGCCGAGGAGGAUUAUAACUUUGUCUUCAAGGUUGUCCUGAUCGGGGAAUCCGGGGUGGGCAAAACCAACCUGCUCUCCCGCUUCACCCGCAACGAGUUCAACCACGACAGCCGCACCACCAUCGGCGUGGAGUUCUCCACCCGCACCGUCCCCAUGGGAGAUGCUGUGGUGAAGGCUCAGAUCUGGGACACGGCCGGGCUGGAGCGGUACCGGGCCAUCACCUCUGCGUAUUACCGGGGGGCUGUGGGUGCUCUGGUUGUCUUUGACAUCACCAAGCACCAGACCUACGACGUGGUGGAGCGCUGGCUGAAGGAGCUGUAUGACCACGCUGAGGCCAGCAUCGUUGUCAUGCUGGUGGGGAACAAGACCGAUCUGGCGCAGGCUCGGGAGGUGCCCAUGGAGGAGGCAAAAAUGUUUGCAGACAACAACGGGCUGCUGUUUGUUGAGACCUCAGCUCUGGACUCCACCAACGUGGAGCAGGCGUUUGAGACCAUCCUGAAGGAGAUCUUCCACAAGGUGCAGCGGCAGAAGCAGAGGAGCAGCCAAAGCAACACGGUGUCCCUUGCCAGCGAGAGCCCGCAGCGCGCGGCCCCGGCGCGGGUGGAGAAGCGCCCGUGCUGCGUGGCCCUCUGAGCCGGUGGGCACUCCGGGGACCCCCCGGGGACCCCCCAGCCCCGGGACACGCCGGUGGCGUGGAGCUGGGUCUGCCUCCCUGCAGACUCGUCUGGCCACCAGCACAGGCUGGUGUCAGCCAGCCUGCGGUGCCACCCCCGUCCUGGUGCAGUGGGGACCAGCAGCCCGGACAGCGGCCAAACUGUGCCAUAAAUGGUGAGAAGUGGCAGGAGCUCUGCUCCAUCUGCUUCAGUUUUGCCGGGCCUUGAUUAGCAGCACCACCAUCAUGGACCUCCCAGCCCCUCCAGACCCGUGGGGCAGAGGACUGGGAUGCCCCGAGGUACCUGGGGAAGGAACCAGGGGGUUCUGGCCAGGGUUGUGUCAGUGGCAGGAGCUGCUCCCAUCACCUCUGGCCCUGGGGUUUCUCCCGUGGGGCCACCCUGUGCUGAACGUGGCUGUCCCCACAGGGUGUCCAUCCACACCCGGGGUCUGCUCUGGGGUUGUCCCAAGCAAAGUGGCAGCACUCAGCCCUUGGCACACCUCUGUCCCCAUCCCAGACAGCAGGACCUAGGGAAGGUCCCUCCUGUCUGCAGGCCAGGCCAGGGCUCAGUGCUGAGCCUGGUGCCACAGCCCCAGGAGCUGCUUCUUGUCCAACCAAACACUGACACAAUCAUUAAAGGACUUGAGAAAUGCA